AUGCGGCCCAACGACCACCACAUCAACCAAAAGUCCGGUGUCAUUUACCGCAUCGACUGUCUUUUUGGUCAAGACAAUUAUGUUGGUGAAACCGGCAAACGGGUUCUCACGAGAAUGCACCAGCAUGAACUGGCCGUGCGACCAAAGGACAAGCUUUCCCUGGUGGCCGCCUACGCAUCCACGCCAGGGCAGGGCUUCGACUUCGAACACGUGCGAAUGCUG